AUGACCGGUCUCUCUCAGGGUCAUGGACAGUACUCCGUCCGCACGAAAAUAUUAUCGGACCCCGCUUCACAUUUUUUGCACCAGUAUAUUUCACAGAAUACGCCGCUCUCGUGGUACCCUCGGCUGUACGUUAAUCCUUCUGCGCCUGCCCUCCGCAGCCUCCAAGGUGUCUUGCCCAGCCUCAUUCGUCCUGCUGCUGAGCCGUAA